AAAGCUACGCUGUUGCUGUAAACAACCUCAAAGUUUCCAGUGCACUUGCUGCCCAGGUACACCGAGGAUCUCUGGGCAAAUGUGGUCUUUUGAGGCAUAGGAGAAUCUUAAUGCCAUCAGUAUGGGGCAUCAGGUGAUCGUGUUGGAUUUUUCAGCCAUAAGAGGCUUGUGGGAGAUUCGAGUUAAGAAGCACAAAGAACGUCAGAAAAAGGAGAAGGAAAGAUUGGCCAAAAGUGCAUUGGAGAAGAUAAGGCAAGAAUGGGACAUUAUACUAGAGUGCAGGAAAAAAGGCAUUCCACAAGCUGCGUAUCUGAAUAACGGCUUUAUAGAUACCAACAGAAUUUUGGAUAAGCUAGAAAAGAACUCAUCAUUGAUUAAGAAGAUUGCCUUGUUGGAUGAAACGAAGAAAGAAAAAAACAAAUUUGUUUUUCAACUGUCAGGGGAGCAGUGGACAGAAUUCCCCGAUUCCCUGAAAGAACAGACACAUCUAGAAGAAUGGCAUAUAAACAAUACUAAGAUCUCAACCAUUCCAACCUACAUUGCCUUAUUUCAGGAGCUGAGAGUGCUAGAAUUAUCCAGUAAUCAGAUCACAGAACUCCCAGCUGAAAUUGGUUGUUUAAAAAAACUGAAAGAACUGAAUGUGAGUUUCAAUCGUUUGAAGACUGUCCCUCAGGAACUGGGAAACUGUGAGAAUCUGGAAAAACUGGAUUUGUCUGGAAAUCUAGAAUUAACAGAGCUCCCGUUUGAAUUAAGCAACUUGAAACAAGUUACAUUUGUAGAUAUAUCAGCAAACAAAUUCCCCUCAGUUCCAAUAUGUGUGCUCCGGAUGCCAAAUUUGCUGUGGUUAGAUUUGAGCAGCAAUAACCUCAAAGAUCUACCACAAGAUAUGGACAGGCUAGAAGAAUUGCAGACUCUUCUCCUGCAGAAAAACAAGCUGACCUAUCUUCCACAAGCAUUGGCCCAAAUGUCAAAACUGAAAUUACUGGUUGUCAGCAGUAAUCAUUUGGUUGAGAUGCCUUCAGCUGUUUGUGAUUCCACAACAGGGUUGAAAUUUAUAAGCCUCAAGGAUAACCCUCUUGAAACAACCUCAUUUCAAGAGAUUGAAGAAAUAACAGAAAGUGACCGUGAUCGUGAGCUGUUUGAAAAGGAAUUUAUGAAAGCCUACAUUACAGAUUUAAAAGAAAGAGAAACGGUUCCUUGCUAUACUACAAAAGUAUCGCUCAGUGUCCAAAUAUGAGAGCUGGAACUUAUACCUCACCAACGACUCUGAAGAGUUAUUUUUGCCAAAAUGAAUGGGAAAACAGCAUUGGCAACGCAAGCACUUUAAGCAAAACGAGCAAGAAAUGCUAUGGUAGUGGAUGUAUAAUGAAGCUUCAAAUGACCAGGCUUAUCUUGUGAGAAUUAUAAGCACUAUGUGAACCCCAGUGUUUCUUAUAUAAAAACAGAAGGAAGUGUUCAUGCAUAGGACAUAGGAUAUACUGCAAUUUUUAAAGACCAAACAGUGGGUAUCUGAUUUCCUCUAAAUUUUCCCUUCUGUAGCAGCCAUUGGUGUAUAAUAAUAAUAAGAGUUUAUUUACGGUCCUUAGACCAGUCACCAUUGAUGUAUAUAUACCCAUGAUCUACUGACACAUUAUCAUACUGUGCACUCAUGAUCUAUUGGAUCGUUGUUAUAAUUUGUUUCCAACAGUGUAAUCCUGUGCAUGUUUACUCAGAAGAAAGCUCUAGAGUUUAUGAGUUUUAUUCCUAAGUGAUACCUGAAACUCUUUUCCAGUGAGAGGUGCACAGAACUAGCCAACCUUAUACCUAAAAUCGGCAAGAGAACUAUGCUGAUUCACCUGUGGUGCUUAAACCCCAUGCCAGCUGAUAUUACUACUGUCUAAAUGUAGUCUCACUUAAUGGUAGGUUUAUUGCAGUUGUAUCCUUGGAGAAAAAGUAAUUUUUUGCAAUAAACCUUUUAGUCCACUGUUAGAGAAUGUCUUCCCACCAUGUCAUCUUAGAGCUGAAAUAAAAGGUGUGGUGCAGAAUCUUACACGCACGUGCUAGUUCUGGGAGAUGUUUGGGUUUCUCUCCCUGCCACGACUCAUUUGAGAUCUGUCACAUCAUCUUCAGUCCAGCAGCAUCUUUUUUAAUCUCAGGAAAUAUUAAGAAGUCAAUUUAUAGUUUUAUAUAUAGCCGAGACAAAAAAUUAUAAUUAUAUAAGGCCUCUGCUGGCUGGAUAGCUCAGUAGUUUAGAUAUUUGGCUGUAGAGCAAGAGGUUGGGAGUUGGAUACCUCAUGGUGCCUCCUGUGGGCAGAGCCAGCCUGUGUGGCCUUGGGCAGGCUGCACAGUCCUAGAGCUGCUCCCAGAAUAAAACCCUGAAAAGUGUUGCCAUAAGUCAUAAUUGUCUUGAUGGCCCAUUAUUUUUAUUAUUAUUAUUAUUAAGGCUCCAGCCAAAGCAACCAAGAUCUGGAAGAUGCUUGGCAGUCUUGCCUUUUUUUUAAUGAAAAGUAAUUCCAUCGGCGUCAUGCAAAUUUGGGUUGUAAAGAUUCCCCCAGCUGGGUUGAAAUCUGACAGAAAAAUGAGGUCUGUUAGUUGGGUAUUUGUUAUGAGGAUAAAAAUCUUUGGUAAGAGCCAAUAGCUAAAACUGUGCAGUGACCGAGUGUGUGUGUGUGUGUGUAAAGAAAUCCCAAACCAAGUCUGGUUUGUUGUUGUGCAUUUCACUACAGCUUGAGCUACAGAAGUCAGCCGGCAAAGUUUUUCACAGCAUGGAAAUAACCGUUGUCACUUUCCUGAUAAAGUAUGCAUAUCAAGCAGAGCUCAGACAGUUACUUUUGGGAAGAAUGGAUGUGUAUGGCAGGCUGAAACCAUCCGUAACUAAA